UUUAAGAGUUAAGGUUGUGUUUACAUCUCAUUGGUGGUAGAUAAGUGUGACAAUCAGUAGUAAUUAAUCUUUGUCGAAGUUUAUAAAUAAUACCAAUGAUAUCGCUAUCCCGCACUCUGCAGCUUUUACCACGUAGGAGUGUGAAAUAUGAAACAUUAACGCAAAACAUAAUGAAAACAUCCGAUAUGUCUAUAAUGCACACCACUGACGUUCAGCAUUUGUUGAGGUUAGUUUUUAGAAAAUCAGUUUUAGCAGUAAAUCCACCCGAUUUAGUCCAACGUGAGAUUUUAGUUUUGGAUAAUAAAUUACACAUAAGAGAAAAAUGCUAUAAUUUAAAAGAAAAUUGUUAUUUAGUAGGAUUUGGAAAAUGUGUUGUUGGAAUGGCAAGUAAAGUGGAAGCAAUUUUGGGUAAACAUCUCCAGAAAGGAAUAAUUAGUGUUCCUCAUGAUUUUAUGGCAUCAAAUCGAUUAGAUGACAAUAAGUUGAUUGAAAACUCUCGGAUUCUAGUGUUUGAAGGUGCUAAGGACAAUCUUCCCGAUGAAAACGCUGAGUUAGCAGCAAAAGAAAUUAAGGGGUUAGUAGGUAGUUUAGGUUUUUCGGAUAUCUUAUUAGUUUUAAUUUCUGGAGGCGGCUCUGCAUUACUUCCACUUGCCAAACCACCAGUUACCCUUCAAGAAAAACUAGAAGUUGUUAAGAAGCUGGGAGGAGUUGGGGCUGAUAUCGUUGAGAUGAACACAGUUCGAAAGAAGCUGUCGUUAGUGAAAGGCGGUGGGUUAGCUUCACUCGCAUAUCCAACUAAAGUGAUAUCACUAAUUUUAUCAGAUAUUAUUGGUGAUCCUUUGGAUAUGAUUGCCAGUGGUCCAACUGUUAUAAACACUGAUAGUGAAGAUGCUGCAUUAAAUAUUAUACAAAAGUAUGGUCUGGAGAAGGAAGUGGCUCCUUCGGUUAUGGCAGCAUUAAAAGAAAAAAGUGUCCCUCUUACUCACAGUAGCCACCUUCAAAAUUUGUUGAUCGGAAAUAAUUUAAUUGCUCUAGAAGCUGCAGCUCGGGAAUGCAAAACAUUUGGAUUUAAUCCCAUUGUUGUGUCUGAUUCAAUCAGUGGAUUUGUGUCCGAAGUUGCUGAUUUGUAUACCUCUUUAGUAAUUUUGUUCUGUAAAUUGCUACAAGAAAAGAUUUCCAAAAGUGACUUUUUUAAUUGCAUAAAUCCUGUACUAGAGAAACUGAAUGCCCAAAAGCACAUUAAGGAAAACAUACAUUCCCAUGUCAUGAGCAAUGAAAAUGAUACAGACAAAUUUUGUCUCAUAUUUGGUGGUGAACCAACUGUUAAAGUUGUUGGAGAUGGUUUAGGAGGUCGCAACCAAGAAUUAGCAUUGAGAUUUGCUAUGAAUCUUCAUGAACUGGAGACAAACGGUAAUGAUUUGGAGAACUGUGAUGUAAUUUUCCUUAGUGGUGGCACAGAUGGUGUUGAUGGACCUACAAAUGCAGCUGGUGCAAUUGCUUAUUCUGGACAGAUCAAGCAUGCAAUCGAAGAUGGCCUUGACCCUGCUAGUUUUCUCAGUAGGAGUGACUCUUACAACUUCUUUCUGAACCUUCAUAAAGGAAAAGAUCAUAUUGUGAUUGGGCACACUGGUGUAAAUGUGAUGGAUAUCCAUAUAUUAGUUGUACAAAAAAAGUUAAGCUAAAGAGUCAACUUAUAGUUCUGUUGUAUGUGAAAGUACGAAUGAGACCGAUACAUUAUAGUCUAAGAGAUACAAAUAGUUCAAAACUUUAUAACUAAUCGAUAUAGCUGCCAUGUAUACUAUUGUUUCAUGACUUGUUAUAACUUAGUUUAGCGUUAUAUACAUGAUUCCUAAAUAUAAUUAGACUAUAGGUAUAAUUGGAUUGAAGGAAAUUUAUGAUCAUAUUACCUGUACUAAGUGUAGCCUAUAUGCAAAGAAAUGAAUGAUGGCUUCCCACUUAUUUCAGGUUCUAUAUUUUCUUACAUUAUUAUUAUAAGUUAACCAACGUAAAUAAGAAACAAUUGGGCCUCAUUAUUAAUAUCUGUAUACCAGUGCUAUAUUCAGCUAAGCAUACAUUGUGUGUUUUUAUUUAAAUUUCAGAAUAUAAUAAUUCUAAAUAUUUAGUGCUAGCUUAGGCUACAUAUUUUUGUGCUGUAGGUUACAAAUUAUUGUUUUCUAAUUGUCAUGAUAUUUAAAGUAGAUAUAGACACAAAGCUUAUAUUAAAAUGAAUUAUUAAUCUGCUCCUAAAUAUUUUUAGUGAUGCAAAAUCAGGAUAUAUAAGCAUAUGAAAUAACUAAUUCAAUCAAAUAAAUGAUAAAAUUCAUGAUAUAA